GGGGCUCCGGAGCUGCACGCGUGGAGGGAGCAGCAGUGGCAGGAGCUCGGCGGCUGCCCCGGGGGCUGCGGACAGGAUCGGUGCAGAUCUUGGUGGUGCCCAGAUGGCUGCAGGAGCCCCUGCCCCAGGCUGCCUGCAUGGAGAGAAGCAGCUGCCAGGGCCUGGCUCUGAUGGGAGCUGCUCUUUGCUUCUCAGCUUUCACCUGGGAGGUGAGGGCCAACGACAGAAACUACCACCAGCAGGUCAAGAAGAAAUUUGCCUUCUGCCUGACCAAGAAGAAGUACUCAGGCAAUGCCAUUAAGACAGCCAAGUACAACAUCUUCACCUUCCUGCCACUGAACCUCUACGAGCAGUUUCACCGGAUGGCCAACAUCUACUUUGUCUUUGUCAUCCUCCUUCAGACCUUCCCUGAGAUCUCCACUCUGCCCUGGUACACCCUGAUCUUCCCCCUCAGCUGCCUCCUCACCAUCCGGGGGCUCCGGGACCUGAUUGAUGACCUGGGCCGUCACCAAAGUGACAGAAACAUCAACAACAGACCCUGUGAAAUCCUCUCUGGGAAGAGGUUCCGCUGGCAGAAGUGGUGUGACAUCUGUGUUGGGGACAUCGUCCGCCUGCGUAAGGACAACUUUGUCCCGGCUGACAUGCUCUUGCUGUGCAGCUCGGAGCCCAGCAGCCUGUGCUACGUGGAGACAAGUGACAUUGAUGGGGAAACAAACCUGAAGUUCAGACAAGCACUUCUGGUCACCCACCAGGAGCUGGUGAGUGAGGAAACCAUGGCUGCCUUUGAUGGGCGAGUGACCUGCGAGGAGCCCAACAGCCGCAUGCACAGCUUCACGGGGACACUGGAGUGGAGGGGACAGAGUUAUUCCUUGGACACUCAGAGGAUCCUGCAGAGAGGCUGCAGGCUGCGCAACACCUCCCUGUGCUGUGGCCUGGUGAUCUAUGCAGGAUUUGAUUCCAAAAUUAUGAGGAACUGUGGAAAGAUCAAGAGGAAGAAAACCAAGCUGGACCGACUGAUGGAUCGCCUGGUGAUCAUAAUUUUCCUGGUGCUGCUGCUCACUGCGCUUUGCCUCGCCAUCGCCUCCGGCUUCUGUGCCAGGAUGUUCCAGGAGAAGCACAGCUACCUCUCUGCUCUCUACAAGCACACGACCCCUGCCCAGCAGGCCUUCUUCAACUUCUGGGGCUUCACCAUCCUCCUGAGCGUCAUCAUUCCCAUGUCCAUGUACAUAACGUUUGAAUUCAUCUAUCUGGUGAACAGCUUUUUUAUCAACUGGGAUCUGGAAAUGUAUUAUGCUGCCAAGGACAUUCCAGCCAAAGCCAGGAGCACCAGCCUCAAUGAUCAGCUUGGCCAGAUUGAAUACCUCUUCUCAGACAAGACUGGCACCUUGACACAAAACGUUAUGAGCUUCAAGAAGUGCUGUAUCAAUGGAACCAUCUAUGGUACAGGCACAGCCCAUGAGCAGAAGCAGCCACCGGGGUCGAGGUUGAGCUGGAGCCACCCCAGGGAGCAGAAGGUGGAGUUUUAUGAUGCCAGGCUGCUGGCAGCCAUUCAGAGGGACAGUGACCCCGUGCUGAGGGAGUUCCUGAAGCUGCUGGCCCUCUGCCACACGGUCAUCGUGGAGGAGAAGGACGACCAGCUGGUUUAUCAGGCAGCUUCACCAGAUGAAGAGGCACUGGUGCUGGCAGCCAGGAACAUGGGGUACAUCUUCCUGGCCCGAACACAAGACACCAUCACCAUCAGUGAACUGGGGAAGAGGAGGACAUACCAGGUGCUGGCCAUGCUGGACUUCAACAGCGACCGCAAGAGGAUGUCUGUCCUGGUGCGGGACCCCGAGGGCACAAUCCGGCUCUACACCAAAGGGGCUGACACAGUCAUCCUGGAGAGGCUGCAGAGGAGAGGGACCAAUGAGACCUUCACUGAGAGGGCACUGGAUCACUUUGCAGAAGAGACACUGAGGACUUUAUGCCUGGCCACCAAGGAGGUGAGUGAGGCUGAGUACAAGGUGUGGAGCAGGAGGCACCAGGAGGUCAGCAUCCUGCUGCAGGACCGAGGGCAGGAGCUGCACAGACUGUACGAGGAGAUGGAGCAGAAUCUUCAGCUUCUGGGGGCCACAGCCAUUGAGGACAAGUUGCAAGAUGGAGUUCCUGAGACCAUCCAGCUGCUGAAAUUGGCCAACAUUAAAGUCUGGGUGCUGACAGGAGACAAACAAGAGACAGCAAUGAACAUUGGCUACGCCUGCAGACUCCUCACGGAUGACAUGGAGAUCCUGGAGGAGAAGGAGAUCAGUGAGAUCCUCCAAGCUUACUGGGUGAGCAACAACAACCUCCAUGGCACUGGUGAAGCUCCCUGCAGCCACCACCUCUCCCAGCAGCACCCGGAGGCUUCGGGCCACAAGAAGAGAGCCCUCAUCAUCGAUGGGGACCUCCUGGACAAAAUCCUCUACACGGGAGAGGUGUUGAAGGAGAAGAAGGGGUGGCGGUGGUGGUGGCUGGGUUGCUGCAGGGCCACGGACCAGCAGGAACAGGGCAGACUGGUGGAAAAAGCCUUUGUGGACCUGGCCAGCAGCUGCCAGGCAGUGAUCUGCUGCAGGGUGACCCCCAAGCAGAAAGCCCUUGUGGUGCAGCUGGUGCAGAAGCACAAGAAGGUCACCACGAUGGCCAUCGGGGAUGGGGCCAACGAUGUCAACAUGAUCAAAACUGCAGACAUCGGGGUUGGGCUCAGCGGGCGGGAGGGCUCGCAGGCUGCACAGAGCAGCGACUUCACCCUGGCCCGGUUCCGCUUCCUCCAGCGCCUGCUCCUGGUCCACGGCCGCUGGGCCUACCUGCGCAGCUCCAAGUUCCUCCGAUACUUCUUCUACAAGACCUUUGCUGGGCUCAUGGCUCAGGUCUGGUUCGCUUUCCACAGCGGAUUCACGGCUCAGCCACUCUACGAGGGAUGGUUCCUUGCACUCUACAACAUCUUCUACACUGCCUACCCUGUGCUGGCCGUGGGUCUUCUGGAGCAGGAUGUGAGUGCCAAGAAGAGCCUGGAGUUCCCUGAGCUCUACAUGAUUGGGCAGCAAGAUGAGCUCUUCAACUACCGGGUCUUUGCCAUCACUGUCCUGCAUGGGGCCAGCACCUCACUAGCCAGCUUCUACCUUGCCUUCUGGGCCUUUCGGGACCACGUUGGCACCAAGGCUGUUGGUGACUACGAGUCCUUCUCUGUCACAGUGGCCACAUCAGCUCUGCUGUCAGUCCUUGUGGAGAUCAUCCUGGACACUAAGUUCUGGACAGCAUUGUCCUUCCUGAUGGUCACAGCCAGUCUGCUGCUCUUCUGCCUCUUCUCCUUCUUGACCCAGAGCUUUGAAGCCUUCAGGGCAGCCCCUGCCAUGUUCCGCUUCCCAGAUGCCAGUCUGAAUGCCCUGACUGAUCCCUAUGUCCUGCUGGUGGUUCUGCUGUCCCUGGUGGUCAACACCAUCCCCUCCCUCACCAUCCGCCUGUACUGCACCAUCAUGGGCAAAACCACGACCCAGCAGAAAAUCUUCCUGAAAGCCAGGCAGGAGCCAGAGCCCCCCGUGGAGCUCCGUGCCCACCUCCCUCGUGGCUCCUUCCGCCGCCGCUCCAGCUACGCCUUCUCCCACCAGGAGGGCUAUGCCAGGCUCAUCACCCGUGGGGACAGCCUGCACACCAGGAGGGCCCCCUGCCCCCUCCCACCUCCCCUCUGCCCAGACACCACCCCGGCUUUGUCCCCUCUUCCCAAUCCCAAGGUGUAGCUGCCCUGGCCAGCACCAACCUCCCACUGUGCUGUGCUGGGACAGGGCAGGUGCCACCACAGCACAGAACUGAAUGUUCCCCCCCCACCCCCUUUUAAAGCAUUUUUAAAUCUCACUGGGAUGGUGUGGGCAGCUCUGGGGGCUGCAGGGGGCUGGCCCAGCCUGGGGGAUAUGUCCCACCAGCAGCUCCAUCACCCCCAGCACUGUGGGGAUGGGCUUUGCAGGAGGCUGGGCAGCUGUGCAGAGCCCUCUCCCCCUCCUUCUCUUUGCUAUCCCUGCCCCAGAUGCACAGGUGCCUCCUGUGGGUGCCAUGCCCCAUCUCCACAGCAGCCAUGUCCCACUUCUCCCAGACAGAUGUCCCCAACUUUGUGGUCACAGGCUGUUUGCUGCAAAGCCUUGAAAUGCACCCGGGGAGGCAGGGGAGGGUAAAGCCCUGGGGUGAUGUCCUUGCCAGCUCUGCCCAGUGGCCAUGGGACCAUGAAUCCCCUGCAGCUGGGGACAAAAUCAGUGACUACUGGAGAAGCUGUGAGGGCACACCUGACUGGUGACUGGAUCACCCUUUCAUUGGUUUUAUUUUUUUUUAAUUAAAAAGGACUC